AUGGCUCCCAUAUCCAUUGUUUUCUUCCUUGUGUUUACGUCCUUUGCAUGUGGAGGAGCUCAACCAAAUCAAUCUAGCCGUAUUGGCCCGGGCUCUUCACUCUCUCCCACAACUCAACCCUCUUCGUGGCUUUCUCCUGCUAGCCGAUUUGCAUUUGGGUUCUACCAGCUGCAAGGCACUACUGGCUUUGCUGUUGGAAUUUGGUUGGUCAGUAAACACAACAAAACCGUGGUGUGGACGGCAAUUCGUGAUGGUCCACCGAUCACCACGAAUGCAAGGCUGGAUUUUACCAAGGAUGGUAUGAUGCUUUCGAGAACUGAGCGAAGACGAUCGAAACUCAUUGCGAAAGCAACAGGCUCUGUUUCCUAUGCCGCCAUGCUCGACUCUGGCAAUUUUGUGCUCUGUGACAAGGAUUCCAAGAUAGUUUGGCAGAGUUUUGAACAUCCUACCGACACCAUUUUAGGAGGUCAGACUUUGUUUGCGGGAGGCCAACUCUUCUCUAGCUUAACAGAGAUUGACCACUCAAGUCGUCUGGUUAUCAUCAACGGCAGUAGUUUACACACAGUUCGUACCUUGCAUAUUGCAUCUUCGGCCACCAACAAUAAUACUAUUUAUCGUUCAACUCUCGAUGCGGAUGGAAUUUUCCGUCUCUACUCUCACGGCUAUGAAGAAAGUGGCGACUUCAACGUAUCAACUUUAUGGGAAGCGCUUACCGAUCGAUGUGAGGUGAAAGCUUUCUGCGGUUUCAACAGCUAUUGCACAUUCAAUGACAACGAACCAUACUGUCUUUGCCUUCCUGGGACUGAUUUUGUAGAUCCGAAUGACAGGUCUCUUGGUUGUGAGAAAAACUUUUCGGAAGCAGUAUGUAUAGGUGGAAAAGAAAAUGAAGCCUUAUAUCGCAUCCAAACCAUGGAUAAUAUGGAGUGGGGAGAUCUUCCUUAUGUUGUGGCAGCGUUGUCAACAAAGGAAGAAUGCAGCAGGUCUUGUUUGGAAGAUUGCAGUUGUGGGGUGGCACAAUUCAAGAGUGAGUCUUGCUGGAAACAAAGCCUUCCACUGAGGUAUGUGAGAAGAACUAAAAAUAAGGAGACGGUAUUCUUUAAGGAUGGUAUAACAAGCCUUAAGAGCAGCAAUGAAACUGAUAACCAACAGGUGCCACUCGAGGUCGUACGCAAAACAGCAAUAGUGGAAAUUCUUCUUGUGACUUUUGGUUUUACAGCAUUCUCAUGUGUUGCCCUCGCAAUCUCUGGCCUUUUCGUUUUCAAAUGUCGAGUUUUGAGGUACCAAAGGCUAAUAGAAAAUGGAAACCUGGGCUUGAAUGAGGAGGUCACAUUGAGAUUGUUUUCUUAUAAUGAGCUUAAAAGAGCAACAAAUGGCUUCAAAGAAGAGUUAGGUAAGGGCUCAUUCGGAGCAGUUUACAAAGGGGCACUGUACAAAGGUAGAAGACUUGUUGCUGUAAAGAGACUAGAGAAAUUAAUUGAAGAAGGUGAACGAGAGUUCCGGGCAGAGAUGCGAGCAAUUGGGAGAACCCACCAUAGUAAUUAG